AUGGAACAACAGCAAUCUCGCAAUCACUUGCGAUUCAGUAUCGACUAUAUACUUUCAUCGGACAUCGAAAGGAAGAAGGUACGACGACAAAUUGAUGAGUCUGGAAACCCGAAUGAGGCAGAAGUGAAACAUGCGACAGCAGAUUCUAUGAUUGAGAAGGACACUUCACCUGAGAAACGUGGAUCGCAUUCUCAAACAGCAGAGAGCAAGCGACUUCGCACCAUUUUCACCGCAAAACAACUACAACAGCUUGAAGAUAAAUUCCGAGAAUCCCAAUAUCCAAACCCACAAGAGCGGUAUGACAUGGCGGAGGAACUCGGUCUGUCUGAGAAGAAAGUGAAAACAUGGUUCCAGAAUCGUCGCAUGAAACUGAAGAGAGAUUACUGGAACUCAGCUCACAAGGGAGCACAACAAGCAUCGUUUACAAGCACAAUCGCAGUUCCUUGCAACUUGCCCUGUCUGGUGAAUGCUCAACCGGUUCAUCGCAGCUGUCAUCUUGAAACCGGGCUCCUAUACCUUCCACGUCCGGAAAGCAUACUUCAACAGCAAACCAUCGACUUCUCGAUGACCAGAAUGUCUUCACCUGGUCCAUUACAAGAGCACCAUCGCCUGUCACACUUUGACACGGAAGUGGAAUCCCUUCGGAAGAGAAGUUCAGAAAGACAUCACGUAUCGCCGCCAACUGAAAGCUUUGGGCAUGACGUCAAUGAUGCUAGACGCACCUCUGCUUAUGGAACGUCCAAUUUUAUAAGCACCAGAGAUCAAGAAAAUGCUCCAAAUGUAUGCCUUGCUUCUUCCAGAAGAAUGCACGAAGAACAUUUUUCAAGUGGUUAUAAUUGCUUAACUAAGGACAAAAUGGUUAAAACCAAUGGCAUAUGUAAACGUAGCCCUAUCAUUAUUUGUUAA